AUGUUCAAGAGCAGCUACCUGCGCGAGGUGCGCAAGGAGAAGUACGAGCGCUCGGAUGUGUUCGAGGAGGAGCCCGAGGACAGCUCUGCGGCCAUGUCAGCCAUCCAGGGCUGGGAGAACCUCCAGGAGCUCAACAGUCGCUUCGCCCGCUACAUCAACAGAGCACGAGUCCUGGAGCAAAGGAACGCCGUGUUCAGAAAGCAGCUGGAGACUCUGCAGCGCAUGGACGAUGGCGGCGGGCUCGAGGAGGCCUUCAACGAACAGAUCGAGUUCAACAGAGAGCGCCUCCAAGAGCUGUCAGCAGAGCACCACAAACUAGAGAGGGACCUGAAGGAAGCCUCCCGCAUGCUGGACGAGUACACCACCAAAUACAGAGAGGAGUGUGAGUAUCAGGAGCAGCUUCGGGGCACACUGGAGCGGUUAAACAAGGAGGCCGACAACAUUCUGCUGCACAACCUAGAGAGCCAGAUCCAAUGCCAGUUUCUCCAAGACGACAUCCGCUCCACAAAGGAAAGGCACAAAAAGGACCUCGCCGAGAUCCAAACCUACGUCAACAUCCUGCAGCAAAUCAACCAGACGCUGCCCCUUGUUCCCAAUGUGUCGCUGGGCAUUUCCGAGGAGCAGGAGAGGCUGCUGGCCCAGAGGAAGGUCCCGGGUCUGCAGAGUCAGCUGGAGGAGUGCAAGAGCGCCCUCUGCCAGCUGCAGGGGCAGAAGAGCAAGCUGCACGCUGAGAACAAGAUGCUGGAGCAGAGCAUCAAGAGCACCCAGGAGAGCUACGAGGACGAGAUCCAGACCUACAACCAACAAAUUGAAUCUUUGAGGAAGGAGAUCGAAGAAGCCGAGAAGUCCCUGGAGAAGUUCACCAACGAGUGCCGGCACCUGGCCCUGUACCAGAGCUCUCUGGAGAACGAGCUGGAGCGCUACAAGAGGAUCAUCGAGAGCGAGGACAACAGGUUGAAUUCAGCAAUAAUUGGCACUCCCAUCAACCUGAUCACCACUAAUUACCGCUACGCCCACACCCCCUCGUAUCUGAGUAGGGGGAGAGACAUCACCCAGGAUUUCCAGGACAUCACCAACAUCAAACCACGCCAGAAGAACCUUGCCAAGAAGGGCGUGAAGAGAAGCGAACUGAGCACCAGGGAUGUGAUCGACAGCGCUAAGGACGACAAAACAUCUGGAGAAGGCCACAUCAAAGAAACCAAGGUUGCGUCCACCGAAGGACCCCAGGGCAAGAAGGGAAAGGCCCCAAAAUCCGCAGAUGUUUCCCCGCAGGACGUCCCCGAUGGCGCCCAAAUCAGCAAGGCGUUUGAUACACUGUGCAACAUCGUCCGGGACCGAAUGAGAAGGUACAAGAAACCAGAACCCAUCGCGGACUUCUACACCAAGGGUCGGUACGUGCUGGUGACCGGCGAUGGAAGCUACCCGGAUCCGUGCUUCUAUACGACCACACCAUCUGCCGGACACAUCUACGUCACCAUAAGAGACGGAUACAUGUCUCCUUACGACAGAUACGGCGGCGACUCUCCAACUCCUUACCCGCCGCAACCCAUGCCCCAACCGCGCCCGCUUAGUCCGACCAUUCCCACGCCAAAGGACGACCCAAGAGGACCCAAGGGAAAAGAUGGCGGUGGAGGCAAGGCCAGGCACAAGAGCGGAGAUCCACGACCCAAAGAUGCUGGUCCAAUUUCACCACCCACCGGACGGAGAGAGCCCAUCCCAGGAGCGGAGAAUCAACCCGGGAAGAAAAGCGGGUUUCCGGGAGUCCUGCCUCGCAUUCCCAGCUCCAGCUCCUCCAGCAGCAGCUUCAGUCCGGACACAAUGAGCUACGAGAAGACCGAGGUGAGGGAGACGGUGGAGAAGAUGUCCAACGAUCGCAAAAUCAAGGGCUACGAGGAGACGUCGACGGUGGUGGAGACUUUGAUUGAAAAGUCCAGUAAGAAGAAGCACUGA